AUAGCUCUGACUUUUGUAGCUAACUGAAGAUUCGCAACUCCGCUCGAGACGACCCCUACAAAAGCAACUCGUACUUCGCUCGCUUGGCCAGACCAUCCGCCCUUACCUGUUCUCUUGCCCACCGCAUUUCUUCAACGGGGCAUGAAACAAAGGGCAUCAAUUCUCCGAAACCAUCAAAAUCCGAGAACCACUAGCUCUUCCAAACUGGAAAGAAGCCAGGCCUCACCGAUGUCACGAUCGGAGAAUUUUGUCUCGCCUUGCCCGGGUAGCAAAUCCCGCAAGUGGGAUAUCCGAAUCUGUGAUCCCGGAGCGAGACUCGCGACACCGGGACUUUGCAGAUACUAAAAAGUGUAAAGGUGCAAGAUAUGCAAGAAUGCAUGCCCAGGGAGGAGUCAU